AUGACGGUAGAAGAACUAAAUGACGAGUUAGAAGCCAUAAAUGCCAUCUUCCCUGGCUCCUUUGAAGAUAUAGCGCCUCAGAUAUAUAAUUUCCAUGUUUUAAAUCAUGAAGAAAUCCCGAUUCAAAUCAGUUUUCCACAAGAUUAUCCUGAAGUUAAACCAGAAAUCAUCCAGAUUAUAACUUCCAAUUCGAUGAAAUAUAAUGAUUUAAACUAUUUAGAAGACCAAUUCAAUGAGAUUUUAUCUAGGAUUUUCAGAAAGGAUGAAGUUUGUAUCUUUGAGUUUUAUACUGAGUUACAAGAAUUCUUGGAAUCAUAUGAUGAGAAACAUAAAGAGACGAUGAUCCCUAUACAGAAAGAGCCCAUAAGUGGUUCCCUAUCCGACUUGUCAUUAGUGGAUAACGAUCUCCCUUUAAAGAAGCAAGAAGUGAAAAGUCUACCUUCAGGUCCUGAUCCCUUAGAAGGUUGGAUCCAAUCUGAUCCUAUCCUAGAUCGAAACUCCACUUUCAUUGCUUUUGCCAGGAAAGUUGAAUCACUCGAAGAAGCAAAGUCAUAUCUUGAUUUAUUAACUACAGAUAAGAAAAUUUCCCGAGCUGCUCAUAAUAUCAGUAGUUGGAGAAUUCGAAAAGAAAAUGGGGUACAAUAUCAAGAUUGUGAUGAUGAUGGAGAAACGGCUGCUGGAGGCAGAUUACUUCAUUUAUUAACGAUGAUGGAUGUGUGGAAUGUUAUAGUGGUGGUCAGUAGAUGGUUUGGAGGUAUCCAUUUAGGACCUGAUAGAUUUAAACAUAUAAAUUCUGCAGCUAGAGAUGCUGUUGUUAAGGGAGGGUUUUCAAAUGUGAAUGGGGAUGGUAAUGCUAAUGCUAAUGAUAAUAAGAAAUCUAAUAAGAAGAAGAAGUAGAAGUCAUUAUGCUUACUUUGUGAAUCUUUUCCUUUUAUUUUUGAUUUGUGGUUUAUCCGUAUUAUCCUCUUGUUUUCUUUUGGUUCCUAUACUAUUCCAUAAAGUAUCAAGCUUAUCAGUUGAAGAAGGUUCAUUAACUGAUUCGAUUUCUAAGGAAUCAUCAUCUUCUUCUUCUUCCUUCUCCUCCUGUAUUUUAUUAUUCUUGUUAUUAUUUAAUUUUUGGAAAUCACUCUAGAAAAUAGUUAG